GCUGGAUUCCUCAGGCGACGUCGCGACGGCGUGGAAGGCAGGCAACGGAAUAGGCAUAAAGGAUGCGCUGCCCAUGCGGUAACCUGGCAAGGGCGAGGCGGGCAAGUGCUUCGUGCUGGCGCUUCUAACAUCGAUUUGUCAAAGCGAUUCGGUCGCACAUGGGCACGUCUUCUUACCGGAGUCUUGCCGGAGUUUCUUGUGCUGAUGGUGGGGGGUAGCAGGGAGCUGGAGGGGUGACAAAAGAGGGGCAUCUGGAGUAUGCUUCUAAAGCAGACAACCGCGCCUCCCACAGCCCACUCUCCUUCCUGUUCCUAAAUAGCCUGCUUAAAGCCGGAUAUUCGCCACAUCAGCAAAAGCAAGUGCCGCCUCAUCCAUCUCCACCCCCAAAACACUGUGUCGGUAAUCCAACAAAGACCCUGCCCUCAUAAAAACCCGCUGUCAAUGUCGUCCACCGACGUCAGUGCCGCCAUUGCGGCGACCGAGAAGCUCCUCGAAUCUCUCAAGGCCUAUGAUGGGUCUUCCAGCGCGCAUAUCACGCUUCUGAACCAGACGGACCAGGUGCGCGCUGAGCUUGAGCAGCCAUACGAUGUCGUUACCCGGAUGUUUGAGAACCUCACGGUGUGUGGAUCUCUGAACAUGCUCCUCCGUAUUGGUGCGAUGCACAAGCUCCCGAGCGACGGAACUUCGAUCAAUGCGGCGGAUCUCGCGGCGGCGGUCAAUGUCGAUGUCACGGCUAUCCACCGCGCGAUGCGUGUCAUUCUCGUGCAGGGCAUUGCCACCGAGACGGCAUCGAAUGAGUAUACGCAUAACCAACUGUCGCUGGCACUGCUUCCAGAGGGAGCGGGCGCAUUCUUCCUUCUGUGCAUGGAUCUGAGCAAGGCGAUGGGAAUGCUACCGGAAUACUUCAAGACGCACGCGCCGGAGGACUUGUACGAUCUCAAGAAAUCGCCGUGUGCGUUUUCGGUGGGCAAGGAGGGGCGCUCGUACUACGAGGUUCUGAAUGACGAUGUGGAGCAGCGCAAUAUGUGGAAUGCAGCGAUGCAGAUGUCUGAGAAGAAUAUGCCCGUGCGCGGCAUGUUCCCAUUCGAGUCGUUGAAGGAGCAGGUUGAGAAGGAGCCCGAGAGGGCGUUCGUCGUUGAUAUUGGUGGUGGGAGAGGUCAAGCCUUGUUGGCUAUCCAGGAGGACUGCCCUGGUGGGUUUGGGGGGAAGAUGAUCCUCCAGGAUCUACCCAUUGUCAUUGACUCGCUGAAGCCGGAAGAGAUCCCUAAUAUCGAAGCAACUGUCCACGAUUUAUUCACCCCACAGCCAGUCAAAAAUGCACACGUUUACUUCUACCGCCGUCUGCUCCACGACUUUUACAACCCUGUCUGCGUCGAGAUCCUCAAGCAGACCGUUUCUGCCAUGGGCCCCGACUCGCGCCUCAUCGUAUGCGAUAUGUUGGUGCCCAGCCGCGUGACAGUCGGAGUCCCGAUGCAGCUUUACUGGCUUGACAUGAGUCUCAUGCUCAUCAGCGGAAAGGAGAAGACAAUCGAGGAGUUCCAUGAGAUCUUCGACGCCGUCGGUCUCGAGCUCGUGAAGGUCUAUCCGUCGAACGUGGGGGAGACAGUUAUGCUGGAGACGCGCCUGAAGAGGACGGAGUAGAGUGGUGGUAAAUGAAGGAUACUUAUCAGCACGACUUCUCAUUAUUUUUAACUUCAUCGCUGGCUGGCAGGCACAGUACAGUAGCGAUAUGGGAGGCCGCCUCGUCGAAUUCGUCUGCGUUGAUUUUUCUGAAAUUUAACUUGAUUUAAAAUUAGAACUGUCAUACACGCACGCCCAUCACGUUAUGGACACAAUAUAAAUAUCUAUUAUAAGGAC